AUGAGAGCGCGGUGGACGUGGUUCGUCCUCGGCUGGAUGAUGUUGUGGCACGGCAGGGCAGACGGGAAAUGUGUGUGUAAUGGAAAAUCGAUCUGCCACUGUAGCGGAGUAAAAGGUGAAAAGGGUGAAAAGGGAUUUGCGGGUGAUCCCGGGUCUCCUGGAUUACAGGGCUACGCCGUAGCUGAGGGGCAGAGAGGGGCACAAGGCAAGAAGGGAAAUCCUGGUCCUGUUGGUGCUCCAGGAUCAAAAGGAGCUCGGGGAGCCGUGGGAAGUCCAGGCUUUCUCGGGGCUUCAGGUUUACCGGGCACGCCUGGAGAACAGGGUCCAGUUGGCGACCCCGGAGACCCUGGAUGUAAUGGCACCAAGGGAGACGUGGGUGUACCCGGGUCACCUGGUCCGUCUGGCUUAUCCGGACCCCCAGGAUCUCCUGGUUGGCCUGGGCUGAGAGGCGACUCUGUUCUCCCGGCGUCGGGUCUAAAAGGAAGACCGGGACCUCCAGGACGCGACGGUGAUCCAGGACCCUCAGGGCCGCCGGGCAGAACCGGACCCCCGGGGUCAGUCGGGUUCAGAGGACCUCACGGACCUCCGGGGCCUUCUGGACCUCCAGGACUGAAGGGUAAAGAAGGACGUUUUGGUGUCCCAGGACUUCAAGGACUGAAGGGAGAUCGGGGACUUCCUGGUACACCCGGUAAACGAGGAACGAUCCUGUACGCAACCGCCGGGAAGAACUCGAAGGGUGAUGUAGGAGACGCAGGAGAACGAGGCUGUACCGGUAAACCUGGGCGACCUGGUUAUGUCCAGCAGAAGGGUAUAAAGGGGGACCAAGGUGAUAAAGGUCCUGAGGGAAAACAGGGGAAAGACGGAGAUCCUGGAUUCCGAGGAUUUACGGUGGUUAUUUACAUCCUUUCUGAGGGUGAUAAAGGAGAUCAAGGUCCUCCAGGAUACUUUGCUGGGCCAGAAGGAGUCAAGGGAGAGAAAGGUGACUGGGUUAAAGGAAUCCAGGGGGAAUCUGGCUGUAUUGGGCGUCCUGGGCCCACUGGGUUGCCAGGUGUGUCGGGUUUUCCGGGACCACCGGGACUGCCAGGUUCUCAUUUCCCGGGACCUGCGGGGCAGAGAGGACCACCAGGUAUCAUGGGUCCUAAAGGGGAGAAGGGUGAGGCAGCACCAGACUGGUUCGGACCCCCGGGUGAAGAUGGUCCUCUGGGAUUCCAAGGGCCUCCUGGAGACCCAGGUCCACCAGGCCCAUUGUUAUCAGGUCCUGAUUACGAGGGUCCUCCGGGUGUUAAAGGAAUGAAAGGGUUUCUGGGUCCUCCUGGUGAAGACGGCCAACAAGGACCACAAGGUCAGAAAGGAGAGCCGUGCUACGACUGUCCUGACUCCUGUAAUGAGGUACGAGGACCCCCGGGUGUUCCCGGAGCACCAGGUCUUCCAGGUACGAAUGCACCACCUGGUCCGAAGGGAGACGCGGGUUACAACGGAGAGCCUGGUUUACCAGGAUACCAGGGGCCUCCAGGACCACCCGGACCUCAAGGUGCUCCAGGACCAAGAGGAUGCGGUGGGAACACCAUUGACUAUGGGGAGAAAGGAGAUCAAGGCUCUCCAGGACCGCUAGGUCAACCAGGACCAGAUGGUCGCCAUGGUCCACUAGGAUCUCCGGGACAAAAGGGACCCCCUGGACCCAAGGGGUAUUCAGACACGAGAUUUGGUAUCAGAGGAGACCCAGGACCUCCUGGUUUUCCAGGGCUUUCAGGAAUCCCAGGUACAAGUGGAACACCGGGACCCUUAAGUGUCGGACAGCCUGGAUUUCCUGGUCAGAAAGGCGACCGUGGAGUGCCAGGCCUAAUGGGCACACCCGGAUCACCAGGUCAGAAAGGAGAACCUGGUAGGAGUCAAGGAGCAGAAAGCCCAGGACUUAAAGGCCGGAAAGGACCUCAAGGGCCACCUGGAACACAAGGACAUCCUGGACUACCAGGCUCUCCAGGAGCUCAAGGCUACCCUGGUCCGAAGGGAGAGAGGGGCACUGGUUUACCUGAAAGUGUAGGACCACCAGGAGCAAAAGGUAACAAAGGUCCACCUGGGCCUGCAGGACUUCCUGGAAUAGGCUCACCAGGGAUGCCUGGACCAACCGGACCACAAGGACUACCAGGACCAACGGGUGAAGAUGUAUAUGGACCACCAGGACCUCCAGGACCAGCAGGGUUCCCAGGUGAGGCAGAUGUUCCAGGUCCUCCUGGAGAUCCAGGUGUUCCGGGUUUUCCUGGACCAUUCGGAGUACCGGGACUGGAAGGGAGAAGAGGCCUGAAAGGGGAUAAAGGUAUAGCAGGCAGACGAGGACCAGACGGAGCACCAGGUAGCUGUUGGCAAACAACUGGUCCACCGGGUGAUCCAGGAUUAAAAGGUCAACCAGGCCCCACAGGAUCGAGUGGGCAGAAAGGUAUUAGGGGGAGCUCUGGUGUGCCAGGUUUUGGGAAGCCUGGACAGCCUGGAAUCCCUGGAACACCUGGGUCAUCGGUGCCGGGACAACUUGGACCUCCUGGCAAACCAGGUCCAUCAGGGUUGCACGGACCCCCCGGAGUGUCCGGAUCUCAGGGUCUCGCUGGAGUGAAAGGCGUGAGAGGUCUUACUGGUGUUCCUGGAGACGAUGGAGAACCUGGGUCUCCAGGUCGUACAGGGGGCGAACUCGGACCACCAGGAGACCCUGGACCACCUGGCCAACCUGGUUUAAGUGGUGAACAUGGAGAUCCAGGAGAUUCAGGAACCAGAGGAACCGAUGGCCGCAUAGGGAUACCUGGAAGCCCCGGACCAAUGGGUCCUGAUGGUAAUCCGGGUACUGACAGUGACGUUCCAGGAGAACCAGGCAUAGCUGGAGCAAGAGGAGAUCGUGGACAUAUAGGAUUUCCCGGUCUCCGGGGUAUUAAAGGAGAGCAGGGCUUCCCUGGAUCCCAAGGGUCACCUGGUGCACACGGUCUACCCGGAAUCAAAGGAGACAAAGGAGACUGGGGUGCAGACACACAUGGACCUUCUGGACCUCGAGGGCAAAAGGGAGAACCUGGACUCAGAGGUACUGCUUCACCUAAAGGACAGAAGGGGGACGUCGGGUCGUCCGGUCCACCGGGUCAUCCCGGGCCAGCCGGACCUGUGGGAGACGUCGGGGUUCCAGGAUUUGUAGGCCCUCCAGGACCACCGGGUCCACUGGGCUCAUUCGGUCAUCCUGGACCUCCCGGACCCGUAGGACUGAAUGGAAAUCCAGGUCCUUCUGGUCCUGCUGGUGCUCCAGGACCUGGAGGACAAAAAGGCAACCAGGGUCUAGAUGGCAUUCCGGGAUCACCGGGACCGAGAGGAGAUCCAGGUAGAACCCUGUUCCCUGUUCUCACGCCUGCUUUUAGUCCAUUUGUGGCUGGCGAAGGCCGAAAAGGAGAGAAGGGGCAACCGGGUCCGAAGGGAGAUCCGGGACUUCGGGGCGUCCCAGGUUUUGGGAUUCCAGGUCCUACUGGCAAUAAAGGAAUCCAAGGAGCACCAGGAGUCCCCGGGUCACCCGGCUUACCUGGAAUUUCGGGGGACUGUUUUCAUGGCAUAAAGGGAGAUCCUGGGAAUCCUGGGAAUCCUGGCAGCCCCGGACGUCCUGGGCCGAUUGGUCCACCAGGCCGCCCAGAGACCCUACAUAAAGCAGACAAGGGGGACAGAGGACCACCAGGGCGGCCCGGUUAUCCCGGAGAGGCGGGAUGCCGAGGAAACCCCGGACCGUCGGGACCUGAAGGUGGACCUGGUGCUUCUGGGAUACACGGGGAACCUGGGAUACCUGGUCCUCCAGGCUUUCCAGGUGAGCCUGGAGAGCCAAACUAUAGGUACGGACCUAAUGGGAAUCCCGGGCCCCCAGGACCCCCCGGAUCAGCAGGCCCAGAUGGACCUGCUGUUCAUACACCGGUAAUAAAUGUACCGGGGAGUUCGGGGCCGGACGGAGAUCCUGGAUAUCCAGGCACGCGUGGACGUGAUGGACCACCCGGAAAACUCGGACCAAAAGGGGCCCAGGGCCGCCGGGGUGAUCAAGGCAGGUCCAUCACAGGACCUCAAGGCUUUCCUGGACUAAAGGGGAAUAAAGGAGGACCAGGGGCGCCAGGGCUUAAUGGCUAUGUGGGGCCGCCGGGACACAAGGGCCCUCAAGGGCCUCAAGGAGAAGGAACUUCGGGAACAUUUGAUAGCUUUCUGCUAGCCAGACACAGCCAGAGCGUCCAGGUGCCCGCCUGCCCACAAGGAACCACAUUUAUUUACUCGGGGUACUCGCUGCUCUUCAUCCACGGGAACGACCGGACGCAUGGACAGGACCUAGGUACAGUCGGUAGUUGUCUACCCCGCUUCUCCACCAUGCCGUUUCUCUUCUGUGAUACGGAAACAACCUGCCGAUACGCCUCACGUAACGACUACUCGUACUGGCUCUCCACGGACGAGCCCAUGCCCCCCAACAUGGACCCCAUCAUGGGGGACAAUCUGGCCAAAUAUAUCAGCAGAUGUUCAGUGUGUGAGAGCUCGACUAAUUCCAUCAGCAUCCACAGCCAAACCUUACAGAUACCAAACUGUCCUCGGGGGUGGAUCUCACUCUGGACUGGAUAUUCAUUCACCAUGCAAACCGGUGUGGGUGCUGAGGGCUCUGGCCAAUCACUCAUCUCUCCGGGUUCGUGCCUGGAGAGCUUCAGACAGGUGCCCUUCAUCGAGUGCCAUGGGCGGGGCACGUGUAACUAUUACCCAGAUUCCUACAGCUACUGGCUGGCAUCGCUUAGUGAGGAGAACAUGUUCAGUAAACCUGAACCUCAGACACUGAAAGGUCCAGCAAUGACCAACGUGAUCAGUCGGUGCCGCGUCUGCAUGAAGGAUCAACGGAGAGGAAAGUGA